AUGCCUCACAAACACACCCGCAAAACGGGCACUCGCAACGACUCCGAUUUCAACCUCGCCCCAACAUCGCAAGCCAAACCCCUCCCAGCAUUCGCCGGCGUCACGAAAUGGGAGAAGAAGGGUGUGAAGGGUGUAAAGGGCAAGGGACAGAAUGGCAAGAAAGUGCCGGAGAAGAAGGCGAAGCGAAAGUCGACGGCGACAUCAACUUACAAAGAAGACGACACCCCCCGAGCCUUUGCAAGACUAAUGCAAUUCCAUACCACCGGCAAACGACCCUCGGGUCUCGACGAUAAUAGAGAAGCUGAUCGCAAAGCUGCCAAUAAGAAGCGGAAGAUACAACAACGGGAUACUGAAGCAGCUGUCGAACCAGCUCUAGCCAAAGAGACACAGCCCACACCCUCCAUCCCAACCAUCCAACCAGGAGAGAAACUAUCAGACUACGCAGCCCGAGUCGACCAAGCCUUACCCGUCUCAGGUCUAGAAAGGAAAGGCAAAGGUGUCCAAAUCGAAGGGAUGAAAGACCGGCAGACGAAGACGGAGAAGCGGCUGCAGAAAAUGUAUGCCGAGUGGCGGAAGGAUGAGGCGAGGCUGAAGGAGAAGGAGGAGGAGAGGCAGGAGGAGGAGGAGGAUAAGGAGGAGGAGAGGCGGGCGGUGUUUGGGGAGGAUUAUGAUGGGGGUGGGAAUGGGAGGAAGAGGAAGGUGGUUGGGGAGGUGCCAGGAGCUACUGGUGGUGGUGGUGGUGGUGGUGGUGCGGCUGGUGGGAACGAGGAUGAUCCAUGGGCUGUGCUGAAGAAGAAGCGGAAAGUUGCCGAAGCUGCGGCGGAGGCUGAGGCGAAGGAGAAGGAGCAGGUGGAGGCACAGCAGCAUGUGAGAAAGAAAAAGGGACUCAAAGGCGUUCAUGAUGUCGUCCUCGCCCCGCCGACGCUCAAAGUUGUCCCGAAGGAGAAAUUCAAGGUCCGCGAUGGUGCGGCGGUGGAUAUUGCAAACGUGCCUGCUAAAGCAGGGAGUCUGAAGCGGCGCGAGGAGUUGAGCGGGGCGCGACGGGAUGUUAUUGAGCGGUAUCGGGCUAUGAUGAAGGAGGGGAGGAGUGGGAGAUGA